GAUCGGCCCUCCUCGCGACAAGCUCGAUCAGGGGGUAUACGGCAUCGGGUUUCCCUUCCUUCAUUCACCUCCCCGUGCUUCCUCCCUCGCCUUUCUUCCUCCCCCACCUCUCUUCCUCCUCCACCUUUCUUCCCCCCCCCCUCUGGUGCUCCUGCUCUGCGUGGUCCCUUCCACUCCCCGUGUGUCUGUGUGUGUCUAUACCUCUGGGGAAGCUCGGAGCAUCUUCCGUCAUCCCCCCCCUUUCUACUCUCAGACAGGAUGGAGCUCAGUCCACGGAAUGAUCCGGAGAUUGGUGGAGCCGGUGUCGGCGACCCGAGCCCCAUCCUCCCGGAAGAUCCGGCUGGCAAGCCGGGCCGGCCGCGCCCCUGGUGGGUCUUUGUCCUGGUGGGGCUCCUCCUGGGGGCCCUCGUGGCCGGGGCGGUGGCCGCAGCUGUUGUGGCCACCCAACGGUCCGGGUCCGAGGCCCCGCUGCCGGAUCCGAGUGACUCCUCCCCCGGGCCGAGCGACUCUUCCCCCGGGUCGGGCGACUCCUCCCCCGGGUCCUCCCCCGGGUCGGGCGACUCCUCCCCCGGGUCCUCCCCCGGGCCGGGAGAUGCAUCCUCCAGCUCGACGCCCCCGCCGCGCUCGGUGAUCCUCAUGGUGUCGGAUGGCAGCGGCCCGGCCUCGAUGACGGUGGCCCGGUAUGUGGCCUAUCACAUGCAGCAGGCCGCCGCCGGGAAUGUGGCCAUGGGCGCCGAUGCCGCCGGGGCCGAGCCCCUGCUGGUCCUUCCGGAAGACUUCACCCUGCCGCUGGAUCGGAUGCUGGUGGGUACGGCACGGACGCGGUCCUCUUCGUCGCUGGUGACCGAUUCGGCGGCCGGGGCCACGGCCUUUUCCUGCGCGGCCAAGACCUACAACGGGGCCAUCGCCGUGACCCCAGACGACCGGCUCCCUUGCGGGACGAUUCUCGAAGCGGCGGCCGUGGCCGGCCUGCGGACCGGGCUGGUGGCCACGUCGCGCGUGACGCACGCCACCCCGGCGGCCUUCAGCGCCCAUGUGGCCAGCCGAUCGUCGGAGAACCAGAUCGCCGAGCAGCAAGUGGCCGGCGCCACGCCGCUGGACUUCAUGCCGGACCUGGUGCUCGGUGGUGGCCGGCGCCACUUCAUGCCGAAGUCCGUCCGGGGGUCCCGGCGGUCCGACGAGCGGGACCUGAUGGCCGAGGCGGAGCAGCGCUUCGGGGCCACGGUCGUCCGUACGGCCAACCAGCUGGCGGCAUUGCUCCCCUCUGACCCGGCCGCCCAGCCCGCUUUCCCGGUGCUGGGGCUCUUUUCCGACACGCACUUGGCCUAUGAGCUGGACCGGCCGACCACGGACCAGCCCUCGCUGCUGGAGAUGACGGACUUCGCUUUGGAAUCCCUCGGCCGGGAGCUUCGCCAAACCGGGACCCCCUUCUUCCUGAUGGUGGAGGGGUCGAAGAUUGACCUGGCCGCGCAUGACCAGGACCCGGGGGCCCAUGUGCAUGACAUUCUCAUGUACAAUCGCGCGGUGGACCGGGCGCGGGCCUUUGUCGAUGAGCAUCCCGGCACGGUGCUCAUCUCGGUGUCGGACCACGAAACCGGCGGCCUGACGGCCGGGGCCGAGGUGGGAGCCAGCCCCAAGUCCUAUCUCUGGCAUCCCGGGGUGCUGGCCGCGGUGCAGCGGUCGACCGACUUUGUGGCGGCCGAGCUGUUCACCUUCGAGCGGGCCAACUCCCCGACCCAGGAGGCCAUGGAGGCCCAUGUGGUUGCCACCCUGGGCCAGGCGUUCCGCGUGACGGAUCUCACCCCGGCCGAGGUGACUGCCAUCGCCGAGCUGGCCUUCUUCAGCCGGACCACCCACACGGAUGCCAUGCUCCAAGCCCUGGGGAAUGUGAUUUCCCACCGGGCGGUCAUUGGCUGGACCACGCAUGGCCACACCGGGGUCGAUGUCAAUCUCUAUGCGUAUGGUGGGGCUGAUGCCGGGGCCAAUGCCGCCAUCGUGGCCAGUCUGGCCGGCAGCCGUGAGAACACCGACAUCGGGCGCUUUGUGGUCAAUUAUUUGGAUCUGGACCUGGCCCAGGUGACUGCCACAUUGCAGGCCGCCGGCGGGGCGUUGAUGUUGGGCCCGGCUGACGAGCCUGCCUGGCCGGGGGCCUACACUCGUGGCCAUGGCUGA